AGCCGCUCGCCUUGUGUUGGAGAUCCUUGUAUUGUAUUAAAGGGAGGAGAUGCUGCCGCUUCUGCCGCUUCUGCCGCUGCUUCUGCCGCGCUUCAAUGACCGGAGAUGCUGACGCUGUAGGCUGCGCGGUGCGCCGGAGACAUGCGGUACUCCUCACUCCUCCGCCAGGUCACAGUGUAGUUUUGUGUCAAAGUCGAACCCAGUCCGUCCCAGACUCCUUUUUUUCCCACUGACUCUCCUCUCCUGCUGGGAUUUGCCCUUGCUGGAUGCCGGGAUGCCCGCUUCUCCUCUCAUCCUCCUGUUCUUGGUCCUGCUGGGCGUGUUGACGACAUGCGCUCAGACGGAAAUGAAGAGGGUUGUUGGAGACAACGCCACGCUGCCCUGUCACCAUCAGUUUUGGGUGGGUGAUGACCCCACGCUGGACAUUGAAUGGCUGCUUCUCAAACCAACCAACAGGCAGAGAGUGAUUAUCACCUACUUUGCCGGACGGGUUUUUGACCCCAACGAAGCAGAGCGUGGCCGGGUGGCCUUUGCUGGAGAGUACUUAAAAGGCGAUGCUUCUCUGCUGAUCAGUGACUUGUCCCUGACGGACUCAGGAGAGUAUAGCUGCAAAGUGAAGAAUGGUGCACAAUACCACUGGAGCACCAUCAGCCUCAUAGUGCUGGUGAAGCCAUCGAAGCCACGAUGCUGGAUGGAGGGCAAGCUGUUGGAGGGCGGUGACGUUAAGAUGAGCUGCAAGUCGGCCGACGGCUCCGAUCCCAUCCACUACAAAUGGGAGAGGGUCCUGGACAAGGGCAAGUACGUUGGGAAGCUGCCCCCACUGGCUCUUAUAGAUUUAAAAAAUCCAGAGAUUGUGACAUUGAGGAACUUGACCAAGGACAGCGCUGGUGUCUACAAAUGCACGGCGAGCAACGAUGUGGGAGAAGAGAGCUGCACGGUGGAGGUCAAGAUGCACUACGUAAGGGGAAUGGGUGUGGUGGCGGGUGCAGUGGUGGGUGUGUCCUUCGGCGUCCUCCUCAUCAUCCUGAUUAUAUGGUUGGUGUUCCGCAAAAAGGAGAUGAAGAAGUACGAAGAGGAAGAGACCCCAAAUGAAAUCAGGGAGGAUGCCGAAGCUCCCAAAGCCAAACUUGUGAAGCCCAACUCCCUCUCCUCCUCCCGCUCCGGCAGCUCUCGUUCAGGCACCUCCUCCACCCAGUCCAUGGUGCACAACAUGGCUCCCAGGGGCCAACGAGCCUGUGUCCCUGCAGUCGCCGCCCUCAAGGAGAACUGCCAAGCCCCAACCUUCCCUCAGUCUCCACCCGGCUACAAUCAGACGGUCCCCAAGAUACCCGAACCCCGCACGACGCCCACCUCCACCUCCACAUCUACGUCCAACUCCAACUCCAAGCCCAGCCCACCCCCCAAACUGAGCCCCGGGAACCUGACUCGCAUGGGGGCCACUCCUGUUAUGAUCCCUGCUCAGACCAAGGCCUUCCAGACUGUGUAGAAGAGACGAAGGGAGGACAGGAGGAUAAAAACCCAGGCAGCCUCAGGACACGGCAACCAGCUGAACCUACGAGCAGGGCGCUGAUACGGAUCCAGUCAUAUUAUUCAGAUAUACUCUCACCGUUCACAUUCUGACACUUUCUGCAAUUUAACUCUUCAAGAAUCUCUUCUUUACACAAAUAAUCUUGGUACAAUAUGGUGUUAUUUUUUCACACACUGACUUCUGAGCAACAUCUGUGAUAAGGGUAACUUUAUUUUGAGAGAAGAGAAGGCAGAACGGAGGAAGUUAGCUGCAUAUAGAAGAAAAGAUUACCCUACACGGCAACUUUCUUCUCUCUGCCCAAGACGACAGACUGCAAAUUGAAGAUAUUUCGACAGCUCAUAUGGGAAUAGUCCAGAUUUUAACCCAUCUCUACCAAUCCUGAACACCUUCCUGCAGUAAAUACACAAGAUAUCCUGCACCUAUGGCUUAACUGAUGACAGUAGAUUCAUUAUAAGUUGCUAUAUAAAUGGGACGAAUGGCUUUGAUUGUACAAACAGACUUCAAGUGGACACUUCAUAUUACCUGCUGUACCAUGGACAUAAAUGUAAUGAAUUCCUUUGUCACUGCUUCCUUUGUGCUGAUCACAUACAUAUUUCCAUGUGUAGAUGUGCACAGAUUCCCAUUUUUAAUAGUUGUAGCCCUUAGACGGGAACAGAUAAGGAAAGAUUCAUCCAACAUAAAUUCAUUGCAUUUCUUAAUACUUUUUUGGGGGUUUUUCUUGGAUAGAGACAGCGGUAAAGAGAUGACAGGAAACAGGAGACAAAGGGGAAAUGUCAGCCUCCAGCCGGAUUCGGAAGGUUGACAGGGGUGGUAUGUGCACUGUGGCUGCAGGACUGCUCCAAAAUACUUUUUUUUUUUUUUUUUUAACUCUACCUUCCUGGAUCAUGGCUAUUUCUGAAGAUUGUUGCAGGGUUUUGCAGGAGCCCUAUUGAGGAAGUGCCACAUUGUGAAGGUUUACAUUAUUGUUCCUUAUUUUUUUUCCUGUUUUGUGCAUAGAAAACCUUGUUUGUUUUAAUCAGAGAAUGAAAAAAA